GGGCCAGAAGUCCGAGUUCCUCAGCUCUCGAGGAAGGGGCGUGAAAAGCGCUUAACGGAAGUGCAGAAAAGUAAACUGAAAACCGGGUAGCUAAUUGAGCACAGCUUGCGCUCGUGUGACACCUGACACUCCACUCCACUCCACUCCACUCCAGAGAACCCCUGGCAAAAACAAAUCGAAAUCGCUCCAUAUAACACCAUAACUUUCAUCGCAAGCCGGGUGUAUUAUGUCUCAAUUUGUCGUGCUGCAGUUGUGCUUCAACCACGUUACCUUCACCAUCGUUUGGACUUUGUGUCGCGUGUGCUAAAAUAUUAGACCCAAAAGUCUAUAAUCCCGGGAACUUGGUGCCCCAAUGAGUGAUUCGAAAUUUAUGCUAAUCCGUGGUGUCAAACGUUAACAGCAUUUCGCAAUAGGCCCACACCCGCAUAACCUCAAACGUCUGCUCACAUAACGAAACCAAUCGGACAGAUCUUAUCAGCCCCCAAAAAAAUGUUGUUUUGGAAGAAGCGUCUCCAGCGAUCGAGCAGCUCCUCAAGCAGUGCGAUUCAGAUUCAGGAGCGUCGUUUUUUUGGCAUCCUCCGGCCGGCGAAAAGAAAGGACGACGCUGUCACACCAUUACCCACGUAUCGCCAGAAUGGCGGCGAUGCUGCUAGCAGGACUACUCCACCUGUGGAUGGACUGCCUCUGGGUUACGAAGAUUCCAGCACUUUAGAGCUGCAGGCCCAGGAGAACGACUACGUGCUCGAGGAGUCCGCAUUGAGAGUACCGAUCUCCCCGCCGCCCAAUUACAGUCCCCACCCUUUGACGCCACCACCCAGCUACACAGAGAGAUCUAACCAGGUGCAGAGAGCUGAUGCAGUGCAUCCAGCUAGGCCAGCGCGGGUAGUAGUGGUUCCACCAUCCGUAGGAACUUUGGGAGCCAGUGACUUAGCAGCACGUCAGCAGGCAAGAAGGAGACGAAGACUCCGAGAACUUCAGCAACAGCAGCUGCAAUUCGCUUCCAGCACAGAUAGCUCCAGUAGCUCCGGGUCCAGUUGCUCCGAGUUGGGAAGUGGAGGCAGUGCCACCAGAAGGCAGCGACGACGCAGGCGGGGUCUGAGGGAUGCAUAUUGUCCGGAUCUCCUGCAUGCCUGCUCCCUGAUUCUCCAGCAGCCCGGCAGCAGCGACAGUUCCGUGGGCAACUUCACGGCUACACCCCCACCCCCGCCCUCGACAAGAGCUCCUGGUCAGGAUCCCCGUCCCGAUCCGGAGGAGAGCUUCGAGUACAGCUCCGACUAUGUGGAGAUCGACGAGCUGCUGCCACUAGUCGCCGGUGGGCGAGCGAAGAGCACUCCGCAGCUGGCGAUGGGUCAGAACCUGAGCCUCCGAAGGCCGCGCAUCUCAUUGACCUGGGUGCUCCGAGAGCAGCAGCAAACGCAGACGGCUCCACAGUCCCAGUCGCCACCCUCCCCGCAGAAGGAGGUGCCCCAGAAGGAGUCGGUGGAUAACCAGUUGGAUCGCAAGGAGAACGAGCUCUUCCCGGCCAGAACAGAGCCCGUUCCCACCCAGCUCGAUGUCACCAAGAAGCGUUACCGGGUCAAGCAGCUACCAAGUGGCGGUGAGCCUCUUAACGGCUAUGCCACCACGCCCACCGCCCACCAGGCUCCUCCCAAUGGCCACCUGGCCAACCAGAAGUUCUUCAGCAACCAGAAUCUGCUGGACGUGUCUCGGAGCGGUCCUGGCGGUGCUCCAGUGGCCGCUGCCUCUACCAAAGAGCUGCUCUUCGUCUGCACACCCCAGCGGGCGCCUAGGAGCGAUAAUCACAGCGAAGCCCUGCUCCUGGCCAGAAAGCGAAACGAGAUCCGCAAGAAGUUGGCAUCCCGGCUGCAGCAGGCGAGAUCCAGUGGCUCACAGACCGGAGAGGCCAGAGGAUCGGUCACGGGAGCAGAGUCCCUAAAAUGCACCUCCUAUUCAGAGCCCAGUUUGGUGGCUGCCUCGGAGGGUGGAGGAGUAGGAGGAUCAGGAGGCGGAGUAGCAGCUGCCCCCCAGCAACAGCGGCGUCAUAGGCAUCGCAAGCGGAGGGAUCGCAAUCGGGUGCAGCGAUUUGGCUAUGAGAUCCAUAACGUGGACGAGUUCCUCUCCCGCUGCUCGCUGGCCACUCCGGGCAACAUACCCGUGGUCCUGGCCACAGCUAGUACUCUCUACCAAACGCGACCAGGUGGCUACCAGCUGGAGAUUCCCCUGCCCCUGGGCAUGGUGGUGAAUGCGGUGUUCAAGAACCAGAACUGGCUGUAUGUCCAAACACCCCACGCGGAGGAGGGCUAUGUGGGCUACGCCUGCUGUCUGCCCUUGGGGAUUCUGCCCCAGCAGGCGAGGGCCGGCUCCAGGAGCACCCCCUGCUGGGAGUCCAAUGCGGACGUCUUCCCCCGCCCCUGUGGCAAUAUGACGGAUUCGGAGAAGGAGAUCCGCCUGCGCGGUGGCACCCGCUCCGAUGGCGCCCGCACUCCGCGCAGUAGCUCCAAACCCACUGAGGAUCAGAGCCUCAAGAUCAGCACCACCACCAUCAACAACAACAACCACCACAGCAACAACAAUAACCAAACGAAGGGUGGCGGGAGCACCACCAGCUCCUUGUACGGGGAACAGCAGGUGGACAAGCUCUACCUGAGGGCUGCCUCCAAGCCGCGUCUGGUGGAGAAGGCCUACGCCCAGUUGCGCUCCACCCGCCAGGUGGCUGCUUCCGGUUCCGCUUCCGCCAAGAGUGGCGCCUCCCAGGAUGAGUACGUCACCCUGCAGCAGAAGUCGACCAAGAAGCUGUGCCCUUCUGCGCAGGCCCAUCUCCACCAGUCACAGCCUGCGGCGAGGCGUCUCUCCAACGUAUCCUACAUCACCAACGGCCAGAAUGGCCAGCAUCUGCAUCCCAAGCUGGUGCCAUUGCCACCGUACGAGCACAAGCCGGCCAAGAACCAAUCGGAGGCCGACGCCACCUUGAAGGCGCUCCGUCGUCAGCAGGAGGUGGGUCAGCGGCAAACUCUAGUCGCCAUCAAUACGGACUACAUCACGGAGAGCAUCGCAGUGCACAAGGGCGAGAUCGUGACGCUGUGCGAGUGCCGCGAGUCCAAGGAUCAGAGGCAGUGGUUCUACGUGCGGACGCGGGAUGGACGAGAGGGCUUCAUCCCAGCCGAGGUGGCCGGACAUGGCUACCUGUAGAUCGUAACCUCCUGGGAGGGGUCGUUUUGGGUCAUCUAUGUGAAUCUUGGAAGCUAUCAGUAAUCUAGGGAAAUCGUUAAGGGACUUUUCUGAACCCUUCCUCAUAUCACUUUAGUCAUAUUUAUAUGUUUCCAUCUUGUAUUUAAAAAAUAACAAAACGAAAUUUGCUUAAAAUUUUGGAUCUUGUUAUCAUCACCUCUAUUAAAUCAUAAAAUUCGAAAUCAUAGUAAAUAACUACGUUUAUCCUAACUAACAUACAUUUUCCAAAGUUUAUCUUCCCCCUUUUAAGAUUCUCUUUCCCAAAACGACCCAACCUAAACCACCAACCCACCCCAAAAACAAGUCAAGCUCCACAUUUAACUCAAUUAACAUUGUAACCAUCUUAAACACUUAUAGAUCACACAUUCCAUUCGCGAUCCUUAGUACGCUUCUAGUUGUAAACUGUACUCGUAUCGGUGUCUGUAAUUGAAUACUUGUAUCUUUGUAUGUGUAUGUGUGUGCGUGUGGGUCCUUUGAAGGACCUUGUAUUUAUCUAGCCUAGCAUUACGAGUAGUCUAUGUAAUAGAAAACUUGCUUAACGAAAAUCAAAGAGGAAAGCGCAGACGGAAACUAUUUAUAAAAUUAUUGUACUUGAUGCUUCUACUAAAUAAUAUUAACAGACAUUGAAAUAAAUAUAUGAAAGUCGG